AUGGAAGGACGGCUACGUAGAGAACAAGUUAGGGAUGCAUUCAAAAGAAGAGAUCAUGAAGAAGCCGUUCGGUUACUACGCUUACAGGAUCCUGACGUACUUCACCGGUAUGAAGCUGACCUGCUUUAUUAUUCUAUAUGCAAUGGCUGGUUAGAUGUUACAAGAAAUCUCAUCACUAAUUAUCACUUUGAUCCACUUAGUAAGUAUAAUGGUAGAUCCUAUCUUUUUAUAGCUGCUAGAGGUAAUCACGUUGAUAUAAUUAACUAUCUUAUUAAAGUUUGUCAAGUUCCUGGUUCUUACUAUGAUCUAUCUGAUGUGCUUCAUUAUGUAGCAGAAGAAGGCUCACUUGAUGUCUUGAAGUAUGUUGUUAAAUACCUCAUUGAAGAGUGCAACUGUAAUAUAAUGACUCGUCAUCAAUCUGGAAAUACUGUUCUACAUGAUGCAGCUAGUAAAGGAUCACUUGAUGUCUUGAAGUACCUCAUUAAUACUCAUCACUGUAAUCUAAUGAUUACUAACAAUAGUGGUCAGACUAUUCUUCAUCGUGCCGUUAAACACAUAGAUGUCGUAAAGUAUCUCGUCAUUGAGUGCAACUGUAAUGUAAUGGCCACUGAUACAGAUAAAUGGACACCUCUUCAUUAUGCUGUUGGUUGGGGUACAGCUGAAGUUGUUGAAUACUUAUUAUCAACUGGUAAUUGUGAUCCUUUGGCUAAAGACAAAAAGGGGACAACACCAUUGCAACUAGCUAAUAAAUAUAAUGAUACUAUCUUAGCUAUCUUCAAAAAGUUUGGUAACAUUAAAAUAUCUCAUCCAAUUGACUCUUAUGUUAAUGUUCUCCUUGUGGAAAUGUCAAAGGAGUAG